UAGAAGAACAAAUACAGAUAAAGUGAUAACAUGAGUUAAGGCUAUUAAAAAUAUUAUGGGUCAAGACUAUUACACAGUGCUGGAUAUCACUAGAAAUGCUACUGAUGCUUGCAUCAAGAAAGCGUAUCGAAAAUUGGCCUUAAAAUAUCAUCCACAAAAAAAUCGGGAUCCUGGCGCAACUAAAAAAUUCAACCAAGUUGCUGAAGCAUAUGAUAUAUUGAGCGAUAGUCAAAGAAGGGCAUUGUAUAAUCAGUUUGGAGAAGAAGGAUUAAAGAAUGGUGUCCCUACAACAAAAUUAGGUGAAUACACUCAAGGUUAUGUUUUCCAUGGUGAUCCAGAAAGAUUGUUUGUUGAAUUCUUCGGUGGAAACAAUCCAUUUUUAGAGCUGUACGAAGUUAGUCCACAUGAAGUCGAUAUGGGUUUUGGUGGUAUCAAAGGUCGUGGUCGGAAAAAACAAGAUGCUACAAUAGAAAGAGAUUUAUAUUUAACAUUGGAAGAAGUGUUUAAGGGUUGCACAAAGAAAAUGAAAAUCUCUAGAAGGGUUAUGAAUGAAGAUGGGCACACUUCAAGUAUAAGAGAUAAAAUUCUUACAAUCCACGUCAAACCUGGUUGGAAGGCUGAGACGAAAAUAACUUUUCCUAAAGAAGGAGACCAGGGUCCAAAUAAUAUACCAGCUGACAUCGUUUUUAUUGUGAAAGACAAACCGCAUCCAGUCUUCAGGCGAGAUGGUGACGAUAUUAUAUACACUGCUACUGUUCCGCUUGGAAAAGCAUUGACUGGAUGUAUAGUUGACGUACCUACGCUUGACGAUCGUCUCAUCAGUAUACCUGUCAAUGAUAUUGUAAGUCCUGGAUAUCUAAAGAAAGUGCCAAACGAGGGUAUGCCUACUUCAAAUGAAGCUAACAAACGUGGUGACCUCUUGAUCGCUUUCAAUAUCGAGUUUCCCAAGCAUCUAUCACCAGAACAGAAAUCUUUAUUGACACAAGCGCUUCUGUGAGACAAUGAGGAGAGAAGCGAUAAGAUUAAGUUGAAAUUUUAUUAUAGUGUAUAUAGAUUAAUAUAUUUGUGUGAGUUUUGUGUAUACUUUUGCGUGAUAUAAUUCUUUUAAGCUUUAAA